AUGGCGGUGACGAUGCUGCAGGACUGGUGCAGGUGGAUGGGCGUCAGCGCGCGCCGGGGCCUGCUCAUUCUGGGCAUCCCCGAGGACUGUGACGAUGGCGAAUUCCAAGAGUGCCUAGAGGCCGCCCUGUGGCCCGUGGGCCACUUUACCGUGCUGGGCAAAGUGUUCCGCGAGGAGGAUAACGCCACCGCGGCCCUGGUGGAGCUGGACCGGGAAGUGGAUGCUGCCUUGGUGCCCAGGGAAAUCCCAGGCACCGGGGGCCCCUGGAACGUGGUGUUCGUGCCAGGUUGUCCGGGCGAGGAGGAGUUUCUGGGCCACGUGUUCCACUACCUGGAGCAACAGGAGGAGGCGGUGGAGAGUGCGGCGGGGGCCCUGGGCCUGGGGCUGCCCACGGACUGCUGGCUGCACUCGGUCAGCCAGGCCGUGCAGCCCUGGGUGGAAAUGGUGAGGUACCAGCGGCUGGGCGUGUUUUCCGGGCGGGAUCAGCCAGACCCCGGGGAGGAGUCCUUUGAGGCCUGGCUAGACCACACCAGCGACAUGCUUCGUGCGUGGCAGGGGGUCUCAGAGAGGGAGAGGAGGAGGAGGCUGAUGGAAGGCUUGCGGGGGACUGCCCUGCAGCUGGUACAUGGGCUCCUGGCCGAGAACCCAGCCAGGACUGCCCAGGAGUGCCUGGCAGCCCUGAUCCAGGUGUUUGGAGACAACGGGUCCCAGGCCACCAUCCGCGUGAAGUGUCUCUCUGCCCAGCAACAGCCCGGGGAACCUCUGUCGGCCUUCGUGCUGCGCCUGGAAGUGCUGCUGCAGAAAGCCAUCAAGAAGGGCGCCCUCGCCAGGGCCUCUGUGGACGAUGUCCGCCUGAGGCAGCUGCUCACCAGGGCCAACCUGACCGAGCCUCUGGAUGAAGCCCUGAGGAAGCUGCGGAUGGUCGGCCGGCCGCCCACGUUCCUGGAGAUGCUGGGGCUCAUUCGGGAGUCCGAGGC